UAAUUUUAAAGUUUAUUUUCAAACAUUAUACUAUAAAAAGCUCAUGUAAUGAAUGUUUUCAACAUAUUACUUUGUAAAAGAGAAAAUUAAUCAUUCUAAAGAUUUUUACUAAUUUGAUAUAAGCCCUAUUUUUACCGAGUUUUUGACUGGAUCGGACCAAAGAUUGAAAAUUAUAUAUCUCAACUUAAAUAUUACACUAGUUUCCUUUCAUAGAAGGGGUGGGAUGAGGAUCGAACAGGGAGAGAUGGAGGCCCCAUGAUCUCCUCAUUGGACUAAAUUUCUUAGGUGGUUCAAUUAAGUUUUUUUUUACCAUCCUUCUUAUUCCCAAAAAAAAAAAAAAAAAAAAAAAAAAAACCUCCCUUGAAUUCGCCAUUGAAGUGGUUUGUGAGCUUUCUCUCCUCCAUUGAAGAAGCUUUUGAGGUCAUACGUAUGUCCAACCCAUUGAAUUGGUCUCUCUCAAUUCUCCAUUGAAGUGCACUCAACGUUCUCCAUUGAAGCGCACUCAGCGUCCUACAUUGAAGCGCAGUUCACGUUCUCCGUUGAAUAUAGUACUUGUAUCCCCCAUUGAAGUAGCUUCUGAGCAGCGCUGUUUGAAUGCAAUAAAGGAAGCAGGAGAAAAUGCAAUACUCAGAAGAAUGGAAGUCGUUAUUUCCGAUUUGUUCAGUUCAUUCUUCUCCCCUCCUCCUUACCAAAAACCCGUCUUUAUUGGGACCGCUGUUCUUCAAUCCCGUCCCUGAGUCUUUGUCCCUUCUCUUCUCUUCGCCUGAUCUCUCUCCUCCUUUCAUCCCUCCUCCUCCACACCUCUCUUUACCCAGAUUCCUUCAACUUUCCACUUCCCAUGACAUCCUUCCUACUGUUGCCUCAGCUAUUUCUGCUUCCUUAAACUCUGAAGAGCACUGUAGAAGCUCCAACUAUGUCCCCUAUAACCGUCUUGAGCCCCUAUACUGCCCCAACGACCAGGUUUUUGUUUUCUUUCCAACUGGGUCCAAUCUUGAUUGUGUUGGGUAUCUUGUUUUAUCAGUAAGAGAUUCCAAAUUAGUUGUUGAUUUUAGUACUGAUGGUUCUGUUUUGACUUCCCAAAUUAAAUUUGAUCAUCAGAUUGUUCAAUUGACAGCGUGCUCUCUUAGUGAUUGUACAUUUCCUGAUGUGGGGGGUCCUGAUUGUGUUGGUUUCUUAUUGGCUUGUAAUAUGUAUGCUGCUAAUUGGUUUAGUGUUCGAACUAGUGGGCACUGUUUAGACUCCAAGAAGCCUGAUUUGGUUCUUUUGGGAAGUAAGAAAUUCACAAGUAGCAUGGUGGCUUAUGCUUGUUGGAAUCCACAUCUGCCUGGAGAGUGUGUACUCUUGUUAGAAAGUGGAGCAUUGUUUUUGUUUGAUAUGGGUUCUCAUGUGGAUACAAGGUUUAAAGGGAAAAGAAUCAAUGUUGCUUGGGAUGAAACUGGUGAAUCAGCAGGUAGUGGGUGGUUCAGUUGUGAAUUUAGCUGGCAUCCGAGAAUGCUGGUUGUGGCAAAUUCAAAGGCUAUUUAUGUGGUUGAUUUAAGAUUUGGGAAAUGUCAAACGAGCUGUUUAUUGAGGAUUGACAUGCUUGGAGUGAGUGACCUGCAUGCGAAGGAUAAGUUUGUUGUCUUUUCAAAGGCUGGAAAUGAUGGUUUCUUCUAUACUGUGGCUUCUGAGCAAUGGCUAUUUUUAUGUGAUGUUCGCAAACCGCUAAUGCCAGUUCUUAGAUGGGCUCACAAUGUGCAUGAGCCUCGUUACAUGACUGUUUUGUCUCUGUCUGAUCUGAGAUCCAUGCCACACGAUAAAGAUGCAGGAGCCUCUGCUGUUAUCUUAGGAUCAUUUUGGAACAAAGACUUCAGUCUUUUCUGUUAUGGCCGUCCUCACCCAGCUACUGCAAAAUCUUUCUCUAGUAAAAUUUCAAAUUUCUCGAAUUCUUUUUAUGCAUGGGAGCUUCCAUCAUCUCUCUUGUUGGCUGGUCAGAAUUGCCACUGUGGCAGUUGUCUUUUGAGGGAGGAAUUUGCAAAGGAUGAUCUUCUUGAGUGGAUUGAAUGGCAACAGAAAAGGGAGUCAGUUCUUGGCUUUUGCAUUCUGAACAAGCAUCUCUGUUCUUUAUUACCGAAGGUUGGAGAGCAUGGGGGUUUUACACUUUUCCGAUUGAUGUCAACUGGGAAGCUUGAAUCUCAGCAAUACUGUGCCUCUUGGAUAAUGGCAAGGAUUGUGGCAACGACACAUGGAGAAGUGAAUCCUCUCAAAGAUUCUUUGUUAUGUUCUAUGGGUGAUGAGAUUUAUAAAUAUCCCAAGAGGUUCCGCUACAUUAAACUUGAGAACCUUUAUUAUCAUUUGAAUAGUAAUCUGGCCAAACUAUUGUUUACAAAAUUUAAGAACAUUCCAGCUUCCGCAGGCUUGAAGAAAUUCUCUAAUGAACGUUUCCAUAUAUUUAUGGGUGACAAAUUAAAGUUAUUUGGCUGUGAUCCACCAAUGUCACACCUUUCAGUUGCUGAUGUUUUCAGGGAUGUUGACAUGCCAACAAACCUUUAUGAAAUUGUGAGUAGACUAAUGUGGACCUCCUUACCAAUGAAUAUUUUGGAGGUUGCUUUUCCUGAGUAUAGUGAAGUUCUUGAAGUUGAACAUAAAAAGUUUUCUCUGGAUUUUCCUGUCAUUCCUGACCAAAACCAGUCUCCUCCCUUCUUUCUAAGAGACCCUUCCCACUUCACUAAUCAGAGGUCAGGCAGAGGACGACGCAGUGAAGAUUUUGUGGGUCCUGUUUUUCCUCUUCUGGCAUUAGUUGUUUUGAAUGAGAUCUCAAGAUGUGGAUAUUCUUUCGUGGGUGAAGUAAAUGAAUUCUCGCCUGAAGACAUAUUUACCCAACAAUGCAAAUAUGUAAUGCGUUUGACCAAGGAAUUGGGCACCCUUAAUGUUGGUGACAAACCGGACAAGUACCGUGCAGUAUCACUCAAGGAAGACAGGAAUGAGUCAGAACCAAGACCAGUAUUCAUUUAUAAGCCAUCUGCAUUUUUGGAUGAAAUUGAGGAACAUACGGGUUCUGAUUUAGGGGAGAGAUUUGAUACAGUAAUUACUAAGUUUGCUGAGGAUGACAAUGAUUUCUUUGCUGGACUUUGCCCAAUGGAACUAAAAUAUGAUGAUGCCAAAAAGAUUGAGUUCUCUGAGACGGAGUCAAGUGCGUUCAAAUUAUUAAAAGAACAGUUUUCACACUGGCAGAAAAACUUUAUGCCAUACCACAAUCUUCAAGUGCAACUUCAAAAAAAACAGCCACAUUUGAGACCUGCAAAGUAAUUGCAGGAUCUGAGACAUUCUACAGAUGAUUUGCUUUUGAUUUUUCUGAUAUAUGUAUUUCCCUGCACAAGAAUCAAAGGUAGUGUAGAAUAUGUACACUGUAGUCAUAAGAUUUAUAUGUGAUACGCAAACAAAAAUUUUGGAAGCAUCAAUAAAUUUGCUUAAUUACUGGU